CGCCUCUUGCUGGGAGCACGCAGACGAGAUCAGCUGAUCUGUCAAUAUUACGCAGCAAGUGUGGGUAUGUUUGUAUUUGUGUGAUCAUAAUCUACACGUUGAAGCCAUGGCUGCCAAGAUGGAGCUCGCGCCCCUCAGACCGUGGGACGAUUUCUACCCCGGAACGGACCGUUUCGCCAAGCCAGAGUUCGGAGAUUUAGCCAAGUGGAACAACAGAGUGAUUAGUAACCUAAUGUACUACCAGACAAAUUAUUUCGCAGCGGCAGUGGUGGUUUUCGUCAUCGUUGGGUUCCUCAACCCGUUUGGCAUGUUCCUGGGAGGAGCUGUGGUGACUCUGGUUUUCAUGGGCUCGGUGUGGGCUGGAGAGAACAAAGCCAUCGUCAAGAACUUCAAAAAGAAGAACCCCACCCUGUUUGUUGUUGGCGUUAUGGUCACCAGCUACUUCCUGCUUUCGCUUUGUGGAGGUGUCAUGGUAUUCAUCUUUGGAAUCACCUUUCCUUUGUUGUUAAUCCUGAUCCACGCCUCCCUGAGACUGCGCAACAUGAAGAACAGACUGGAGAACAGGAUGGAAGGUGCUGGGCUGAAAAAAACUCCCAUGGGCAUCAUCAUGGACCUUCUGGAUCAACAGGAGGAGAAAAUUAACAAGAUUCAGGAUUUCCUUGAAAGCAAAAUGAAGGAGUAAAGGUCAAGCUUAGCGUUAAGAGAAUUGAAUGUCAUACAGUAUGGAUUUAGGUUUUCUCAGCAUUAUCCCAUUAAGUUUGUAUCCCCCCCCACGCAGUACAUGUCAAGUUACUGAAGUUUGCAUACUUAUUAGUACUUUAUUUAUGCAUUUGUUUGUAUUAGUUUACACUAAUCAAUGAUUAGACAGACAGGCACUUAAAACAAGAUUAUAAUUAGAUUUGCACACACCCAUUGUGCACUGGAUAGAGAGAUGCACUGGGUACCAACGGUUAGUGAAGAUUUGAGCAUUCCUGUGUAUUAUUACGGCGAUUGCCCUUGUUGACGACACACUUUUGAGUGUUUACAGCAUUUCGACAAAAGAGAGCCGAAUCCAAUCAGAUAACAGUUAUAUCCUUUAAUUUUGCUACCUCAAAACAUGCAUGUAAAAUUCUCUUUAACUGUUAUCUGCUUAAUCAACAGCAAUAACUAUCGUCACGCUAUUUCAGGAGCUGUAUAAAAUCUGAUCUGAGAUCAGUUUGCUUCUAGGCUGGAAUAUGAUUAUAUUGCCUGACUAAUAAUUCUGCCAUUUAAGAUUAAAGUGUCGUCAAAAAUGUUGUGCACACAGUUCCUGACCAUAGAGGCUGUCCUGAGUGUAUCCCCUCUGACCACAGCUAUGCAAUAGUGAAAAAUGAAUGGCAAGUGCAGCUUUAUUGUUUGAAUAUUAUGUCAUGUUAUUAACUUGUCUGUUGUUAUCCCUUUUAUUAUCACAGUAUAGCAUGCAGUAAUGAAUACAAAUGGCUGCAGAUUAGAAACAUAACGUAACUCUGGCAAUGAGGCAAAUAUAUUGCUUAAAUUAAGAUUUUGUUUCUUCAUUAUCAGGAAAUACUGGACUCGAUACAUCUCAUACUGGUUUCCCAUCAAUUCCCCCUUCCUUUUAAAAACCAAAUGAAACCUGUGUUAUCUGUGAUGUUAUGUUAUGUGUAUAACACUGACACUCCUGAUAGUAAAAGCAGUUGUUUCCCCAUUGCUUUUCACUCCUUGACUGCAGUUUGUGCAUGCUUACCUCACAAAUGGUGGUCCAGAUGGAUUGUGUAUGAAAGCUAUAAGUAUAUUAUAUAUAUUUGUGUUUUUCAUGUGACUUUUUCAUUUUUUGAGAAGUGAUGACAAAACCACAGACCUGGACAUAAAACCCAGCUGUCCUAUGUAAAACAAAUAAAGAUAAUCCAGUUUA